UAGUAUAUCGAAAAGAUAGCUGAGAUAUACCCGGAGAGUAUGGCAGAUUACACGACUUCGGGCGAGAUUGGAUAUCUUGACCGGCUGAAGCUGUAUGAAGAGGAGAAACCGUAUAUUGUCACCUUUCUACUAUCAAACACACCUGGAGCUAAACACAGUAAUCUAAGCAUUUCCUACCACCCUGUCAACAUUCGCGACAUCAGGCAUUCAACGCAGACUUUCACAACAGGCACUCAUGGAUUCGAGCUAGUCAAGUUUCCCACCUCUGCCACGACUGAAGAGCUCCGCAACCAGGGAGCGAUCCGCGAUCUAUACUUCCCAGAGGCGGAACAAUACUUGAAGGAGAAGUUUGACGCAGAAUAUGUUUACUUCUUUGAUGCUACGGUGAGAGCGAGCAAAUCCUUGGAGCAGCCUGUGACGCCCACGUUGGUACGGCUUUUUCAUAUCAGAGCAUCUUGUAGCCGACGAUUAAUCACAUGCGUAGACCAAACACCUGCAUCUGUGUUCCGCAGAAUAAAACAUGAUCUUCCGGAAAGAUUUGAGGACUUCAAAUCCCGCCACAUUCGGGUAAUCAACAUCUGGCGACCUUUGGCAGGACCACUUCAAGACUACCCGUUGGCCCUUUGUGACUGGAGAACAACACUGCCAGACGACUAUGUGGCUUGCGACCUUCCAUCAAUCCACUACGUGGGCGAAGUCCUCCAAGUACAUCACAAUCCUGAUCACCAAUGGUGGUUCGCGUGUAAUAUGACCACAGACGAGGCUUUGCUUAUCAAAAUGUACGACACGGACGCUGAAACAGAAGGCAGCCAAGUUGCCAUGUGUACGUAUAAACGAUUCAAGUCCGCUUGUGAUCUCAAUUGCAGACUAUAUGUACUAAGACGAAGCAAAUAG